UGCCUCACCAUGCAGCCCCCGAGGUAGAGCCUGGACGGCGCCGAGGAGCGCGGAGGAGUGGCGCGCAGCCCGCUAGCCCGCCCGAGACUGCCGUCCGGCCUCGCGCCCGCCUGCUCCCGCCAGCCCGGACCCCCCUGAAAUAUGUUCAGGGGCGCUUGGAUGUGGCCCGGGAAAGACGCCGCCGCGCUGACUAUCUGCUGCUGCUGCUGCUGCUGGGCUCCCAGGCCAAGCGACAAACCUUGCGCCGACUCCGAGCGGGCGCAGCGAUGGCGACUGUCCCUGGCGUCCCUGCUCUUCUUCACCGUGCUGCUCGCUGACCAUCUGUGGCUGUGCGCGGGGGCCCGGCCCCGGGCCAGGGAGCUUAGCAGCGCCAUGCGGCCGCCCUGGGGGACCGACCGUGAGCGGCAGCCGGUUCCUCCUCGUGCGGUGCUGCCACUGCCGCCGCCACCGCCCGGCGAUCCCAGCGCGUCCCCGGGCACCUGCGGUCCCCGAUACAGCAACCUGACCAAAGCCGCCCCCGCCGUGGGUCCCGGGCCGGACUGCGGCGGCGUCCCAGAGCCCACGGGGCUGGACGCAGCUUGCACCAAAUUGCAAUCUUUGCAGAGACUUUUCGAACCGACUACCCCAGCCCCCCCUCUGCGGCCCCCUGACUCUACUUCCCGUGCCCCGGCCGAGUUCUCCUCCGCCAAAAAAAACUUGCUCAAAGGCCACUUUCGGAACUUCACUCUCUCCUUUUGCGACACCUACACGGUCUGGGACUUGCUGCUGGGCAUGGACCGCCCCGACAGCCUGGACUGCAGCCUGGACACCCUGCUGGGGGACCUGCUGGCCGUGGUGGCCAGCCCGGGCUCCGGGGCCUGGGAGGUGUGUAGCAACUGUAUCGAGGCGUACCAGCGGCUAGACCGACAUGCUCAGGAAAAAUAUGACGAGUUCGACCUCGUGCUGCAUAAAUACUUACAGGCGGAAGAGUAUUCAAUCCGGUCCUGCACGAAAGGCUGUAAGGCUGUCUACAAGGCCUGGCUGUGCUCAGAAUACUUCAGCGUGACCCAGCAGGAAUGUGAGCGCUGGGUGCCCUGCAAGCAGUACUGCCUGGAGGUGCAGACCCGGUGCCCCUUUAUACUCCCCGACAAUGAGGAAAUGGUGUAUGGAGGGCUCCCAGGCUUUAUCUGUACAGGGUUGCUGGAUACUUCGCCCAAGCGGCCGGAAAGCAAGUGCUGUGACGUGCAGUGGGUGUCCUGUGAGUCGGAGAAGAAGAAGUUCAAGGAGUCUGAGGCCCCCAAAACCCACCACCAGCAGUUCCACCACUCCUAUUUCCACCACUACCACCAACAGUACCGCCACUACCACCCCCGCCACGAUCCCCCAGGCCGCAUUGGCCACAAGCCCUCCCUGCUGCCGGUCUCUGGGGGUUCCCGCCUCAGCCCCAGCAGGAUCCGGUUCUAUGUUCUUGUUCUCAUGCUCCUCCAUACCAUGGUGUCCUUCUCCAGCAGCCAGAGUGGUGGAGGACUGGGGCUGGAGGCACUGCCUGCCCUAGAUGAGGGCCUGACUCGGGAAGAGUGAUGGCAGGGAGGGAGGACAGACCUCCACCACACACCAACAUCAGCUCCAGCUCCCCCAGGGGGAUAGGGAGGGGGCACCUCCCAUGGGAGAUACAGGACCAGAUGGGGGGCUGGGGAAAUGGGGGACUACACAUUGUCCCCAACCUAUCCCCACCCCAAAAGCAGCUCCAACAGAAGGGCCAGAGGGCCCCAGGGAGCUGAAAAACUCAUCCAGGAGAAAAAGGCCAGAGCAGCAGGCACCCCCUCCUAGGCCCCCAUCCACGGGGCUUAGCAAAUGAAAAGGGGGAGAGUAGGGGCUGGACAUGCCUACCCCUGCUAAGAGCCCUGACCCCAGGGAAGGAGGCUGCUCACCCAGCCUUGGCCCUGCAGGAAAUGUUAGGGGGCCCAGAGGGGAGAAGCUUUUCCCCCCCUCUGCAUUCCUUUCGUUGCCAAGAUCCUUAAUUCCCUUCUGCCCACACCCCUACAGGCGACGGCAGACGGUGCAGUGGCCCUCCUCCAGUGGGAAGUGCCAGACUGGGAGGUGAGGUACGCACAGGCGCAGCUGGGUCAGGACCCCAGUUCAACUGUGCACCACCAGCCCAGGCAGUGAGGGGUAGGAAUGGGGGACAGACUGAGUGCUGAGAGUGGGAUAGGGAAAGGGGAGAAGAGAGCUAUGGACAGAGGGCUCAGAGAGAUAGCUAAACAGGUUAUUGCUACCUGGCUUUGGGGAGGUGGCUGAUCAGCAUUGAGGCAGGCUCCAGGACUGCUCCCAAAAUCCAAAAGGGUGGGAUAAGGAGCCCUCUAGGGAAAGAGUGCGGCCUCAACACAGACGGCUGAGGGCACAUGUCAGACUGCCACUGUCCGAAGGGCCAUAUCUUACAGAAGGUGCACACACUCCCAAGGGCCACUCUUGCCCUGGAGAUCUUGGCCUUGGGGCCAAAGACAUUUCCAUUUCUGAUCUCCAUGGGGAGGAGGGACUUAAGCCCAAGUGGGUCAGGCCUGGCCUGGGUCCCCGUAUUCCCCUGUCUCGUCCUAGCCCAGGCCUCCAUGAAGGAGAACCUGGUGGCACUGCCCCAGGGCUUUCCAGAGAUGAGCCUCCCCUAUCCGCACCCUGUCCCCAUCCCCAGCCUACCAAAGAGUAUUCGUUCCUUCCCACCCCUGACCCCAUGGGUUACUAUCCCAAUUGUGGAACAGCCAGACCCCCUUUUCACCCUGUAGUGGGUCCCCUGAUCCAGUCACCCCUGCUCCUUGCUGGAGAACAUCUAGAAACUGGCAAAAGGACCCACUGAAUACAAAGAAUGUGCUGUUGUCAUCAUUGCCUGACAGACUUGAACUCUUUAGACAGGUUAGCGGGUUGAUCAAGAAAAGAGGCAUCAAGAGCCCUCUGGGGACCAUUAGCCUUGUGCUGAUCUCUUGAGAGUGGGAGGAUACAUUGCCUGGAAUGUCUCAAAGGCAAUAGGAAGCCAGAAUGGUGUUCCUGGCACAGACCAAGGGGCUUCGGUGCCAGAAGAGCCUCUGCUCUAGGAUGUGAAGGGGAAGGGUGGGCCCAGAGCCACAUUAGUAAAACCAAGAAGGGCAUCAGGAGGGAACAGCUGGAAUCAAUUGGCUUGGGGGACAAAGGUGAGACUUCCCUUAUAGAGAGCAAAUCAUUCAAGGGCCUCAGCUGGGUUCCAAGCAGACUUCAUGAGACUGUGGAGUCCUCCCCUGCCAGUUUCCUCAUUUCUCACAGUGUGCCCCUUCCCCUGACCCAUGUGCCCUGCGCACACACUCCUGUUUGGCCCUCAGCACUUUGGGCCUAGCCACAUACCCACUCCCUAGAGUGCUCUUUUCAGCUGGGGAAGGAAAGAGGUGCUGGCUCCUUUCCAGAGAUGCUUAUGUAGAUGUGAAAGACCCUAGGUACUGCCUUCUAACUCCUGCAUCCUCAGGAGGGGAAAAGGGGACUGGGAAGGAAAGGGGGACCUUAGGGCCCUAGAGGGAAUGGACCCUUGGAGACUCCCAUCCCUUCUUCCCCCUCACCAAGUGCCCAGGAGACCCCUGGCUCAGACCAGCCCAGGCCCUUGCCCAGUGGCAGGGGAAAAGGGGCACCUCACUCCACCUCGAAGUCAUUUGACUGUCCCUGUCCACCCCACCACCCAGAUCUUACACCACCCCUCAAGCUGCCCUGCCUUCCACCAUAGGUAGCAGAGCCGGGCAGCUUUCUUACGCCAUUUUCUACACUGUGCUUCAUGCGUAGGACUUUCUUGCACUAGUUUCUAUGACUGAGUCUCCAAGCUGGAUUCCUAGUAGUCCCCUGUCCCUUCCUCCCUCACCCAGCUAUGAUUCAGUUGUCCCUCUUCCCCUGCCUCUGUGUUUCGGUGAGAGUCUUUGUAUGUGUACUGCUUUCUGUUUUGUUGCAUUGUGGGGCAGAGGCCUCUCUGCUCUUGUUUAACCCCAUAAAGAAAUAAAUGGUAAGA